UCUCAGUCAAGUGAAAACACAGAAUAUUCUGGAGAUUAUUGAUCAUUCUGAUGCAUGUUUUUGGAUGUGAAGCUUUUUGAUUUGAAUCAGAAUAAUAAGAGUUCAGACCAACAACUGGAGAAAGUGAAACUUUGAAGAUUUUUAUUUGUCAUUUCGAAAAUGGCGUCUAAAACUUUUUCUGAGGAGGAUUUCUCUUGUCCUGUGUGCCGUGAUGUUUUUAAAAAUCCUGUUCUUCUGUCCUGUAGUCACAGUGUGUGUGAAGAGUGUAUUCAGAAGUUUUGGGAAAGUAAAGGAUCGAAAGAAUGUCCAGUUUGCAGAAGUAGAUCAACAUUAGAUCAUCCUCCAUUUAAUCUGUCUUUGAAGAAUCUGUGUGAGACUUUCUUACAGGAGAGAAGUCAAAGAUCUUCAGGAUGUGAAGCAGUCUGCAGUCUUCAUGAAGAGAAACUCAAACUCUUCUGUCUCGAUGAUCAACAGCCGGUGUGUUUGGUGUGUCAAGAUUCCAGAAAACACAAUUUCUGUCCUUUAGAUGAAGCUGUCAUCGAUAAUAAGGAGAAACUCAAAACUGCACUAAAACCCUUACAGAAGAAACUGAGAAUAUUUGAGGAGUUUAAACAGAAUUUGGGUCAAACUGCAGAACAUAUUAAGUUUCAGGCUCGACACACAGAGAGGAAGAUUAAUGAGGAGUUUGAGAAACUUCACCAGUUUCUACAUGAUGAAGAGGCUGCCAGAAUAACAGCACUGAGAGAGGAAGAGGAGCAGAAGAGUCAGAUGAUGAAGGAGAAGAUUGAGAAGAUGAGCAGACAGAUUUCAUCUCUUUCACACACAAUCAGAGUCAUAGAGGAGCAGAUGACAGCUGAAGAUCUUUCAUUCCUACAGAACUUGAAGAGCACAAUGGAAAGAACCCAGUGUACACCAGCAGAUCCAGAGAACAUUUCAGGAGUUCUGAUCAAUGUCCCAAAACAUCUGAGCAACCUGAAGUUCACUGUGAUACAGAAGAUGCAGGAACAUUUUCAAUACACUCCAGUGACUUUGGACCCAAACACUGCUCACUGUAAUCUCAUCGUGUCUGAUGAUCUGAUCAGUGUGAGAUUCAGUGAAGAGGAACAGCUGCUUCCUGAUAAUACUGAGAGAUUUGAUGUGUAUAAGUGUGUUUUGGGUUCAGAGGGUUUUAAUUCAGGGAUUCACUGUUGGGAUGUUCAGGUUGGAGACUGUACAGGCUGGUUUUUGGGUGUGAUGACAGAAUCUGCUCAGAGGAAGAAGAAAAUAUUGUCCAGGAGUGGAAUCUGGUGUGUGGGGUUUAAUGAUGGUAAAUAUGUUGGAUUAAUUUCACCUAAUAAAGGAUCUUGUGUCUCAGUGAAAGAGAAACUCCAGAGAAUCAGAGUUCAGCUGGACUGUGACAGAGGAAAACUGUCAUUCUCUGAUCCUCUCACUAACACACACAUACACACUUUCACACACACGUUUACUGAGAGAAUAUUUCCAUUGUUCCAUAUUAAAUGUAAAAUUUCUCCUCUGAUGAUCUUACCAGUGAACUCCUCCGAAAAAAAGACUUAAGAAUGAAAUUACAGAUUAAACUUGUAUCUACAAAAGUUGAGUUUCUGUAGAAGACAGACUAAUCAAAUGUGUCUUUGUAGCAUCAGCUGUUAAUUCAUUUAUUCUGACAUGUUUUUAUGCUUUUUAAUGAUGCUGGCUAAGAUGUGAAUUCAUAUGUGAGAUCAGUGAUUUAAUGUACAUCUUAAUAAUGUGAUCUCGGGUUGUUAUUGAUCAUUAUAUGACAGAUAUUAUGAACAAUUCAAUUCUCAAAAUAAUCAUUAUAAUACAACUGCUCAACUCAUUGUAAAGAUGUAUAUUUAGAUGUUUUAUCUGUAUUUUCAGUUAUAAAUUCACUUACCAACUGGUGUUUUAAAGACCAAACACAUCAACUAGUGGCAAAACUAACUAACCCCAGAUUCGAUUCAUAUGAAUAUAUUUCAGUUAUAAUGUCCAUUUCUCUUCCAUAUAAAAUAUAUUCUCUCCAAGCUAAUGCUGGAAAUUACAGUUUAAGUCAGAAGUUUACAUACACCUUAAGCUGCGUACACACUGCCAGCGACAGCGACUCCAUCCCAUUCAUUUUCAAUGAGAGCACAGCGACUUCCGGCGACACGAGCUGUCGCAACCGUUGGCGACUAGAUGUCCAGCGACGCGACAAAGUUGAGACAAGUUCAACUUUAUUAAAAUGAAGAGCGACUAACGGAAGCGACAGCCAAUUGGAGAGAAGACGGGAGAGCUCACGUGAUCCUCUCUCUCUCUCUCUCUCAGCUCCUGCAGUAACGGAAAGAUGGAUGAAAGGCUAAUUCUUGCUGUUAGCAAUUUUCCAGCGCUCUAUGAUAUGGAUAUGGUAUAUCCAGCCGCAGCUCUUGCACCAGCUGGUGGUACUCGCCGUGCUGACUCCGAGAUUUAAUGGUUUUGUGGACCCAGACAGACCGGCGUUUGCGUUUUCGCCGCAGAUAAACAGCCGCUAUGGCAAACAGCACGCCUUGUUUCUCAAUCAUCUUUGAUAUAAAGCAUUUUAUGUACUGAUUCCAUUUAUAUUUAGUCUUUUCCCUCCAAAAUGUUUGUUUUCAAGAGGGCAGUGGGGGCAGUGGUGGCUCAGUGGUUGAGGCUCAGGGUUACUGAGCAGAAGGUCGGGGGUUCAAGCCCCAGCACCACCAAGAUGCCACUGUUGGGCCCUUGAGCAAGGCACUUAACUCCAGGUUGCUCUGGGUGAUUGUCCCUGUAAUAAGUGCACUGUAUAAGUGCACUUUGGAUAAAAGCAUCUGCCAAAUGCAUAAAUGUAAAUGUAAGAGCAAUGGAAUGACAUCUGUGAAUGUCAUUUAUAAACGUUACUAGGCAACCAGUAGUGGGAACGCCCACUAGCGACUUCACCGCCAGCCACUGGCGACCUGCAGCGACAAAGUCACCAGUAGUGUGUACGCAGCUUUAGACAAAACUUACAUUUUCUUUGGCUUCAUUUUUGCCAAGACGGACUUCAAGGGUGAACAAAUACUCUUGGGAGUGAGGAAUAAAUUAGCAAAAGAUGUUUGGUGCACUAGGCAGUUCUUGUGAUCUGUAUAAUGAGAGAGAGACGCAAAUAUAAUUUUGAUGUUUUAAUAUUGUUUACAGAAAAUUUAACCCAGAAAAGCUACAGAAACCUACAUUUUACUUUGAUUACCUUUAGAGAAGUAAUUUUCGACUUCAUCUUCCCAGGAAAAAGGAUGCUCUUCGGUCUAAUGAAGCACUUUAUUACAUUUUGGUUGGAUACACAUUUUCUAAAAUAAAAAAAAUAAA